AUGGGCGUUACCGCAACCACCACCCCCGCCAUCGUGGGCGCUUUACGAUGCCAGAAAGAUUCUUAUCUCCAGACGCUCGAGACUGAAGUAAUAUCAUGCGAAGAAUUUGUGCCACCAAAGUCCUCACAGGCGAAUAGCAAGUCAAAGACCAAAAAGUCUACAGAUCCGACGAAAGGCCUUGAGAACGGAGAUGCAUCAGGAAGCAAGACAUGGCUUGUCGAGCUCGCGGACUCGGUACUAUUCCCGGAAGGUGGCGGCCAGCAUACAGACUACGGUGUGCUCACCACACUGAAAGACGAGAGCAAAGAGGAGAUUCCUAUAAGAAGUAUACAACGCCACGGUCUCCGCUGCAUUCACUUCUCUCCCACGCCCCUUGCGCCUGGAACACCAGUCCGUCAAACUGUUGAUUUCACCCGCCGUUGGGACCUUAUGCAACAGCAUACUGGUCAGCAUCUCCUCUCUGCCAUCAUGGACUCUAUGGAUCUGCCUACUCUCGGCUGGAGCAUGGGUCAACCCGGAGAGAUGAACUACGUAGAACUGCCACGGAAGCCAUCGGAGGAGGAACUUCAAACCAUCCAAAAGAACUGCAACGCUAAGAUCAGGGAGAGCAUGCCGAUCACCGUGGAGACACCAGAAGGCAAAGGAAGCGACAGCCUACCAGAAGACUACGAUAGAGAGAAAGGAGUUGUACGCUUCAUCAAGAUUGGCGACAUGGACUACAACGCUUGUUGCGGGACGCAUCUGCAGAAUUCAUCUCAUAUUAAUGUCAUACUACUACACCAUAUGCAAUCCGUACGAGGCACCAACUGCCGGCUUUUUUUCACGGCCGGAGAUCGUGCCAUCAAGAUGGCUACGGAGUCAAUCAACGGUCUUCGCUCGAUCGCUGUAUCACUGUCAUCCGGUUCUACGCCAGCGGACGUGGCGGCUGGUGUGCAAAGAAUGAGCGACCAGGUCUCAGAAGGACGGAAGAAAGUCAAUAAGUUACUAGCUGAGAUCGCAGUGUUUGAAGGCGACCGUGUCAAGAAUCGUCUGCAAAGCCACACCACUGCAUUCAUGCAUCGCGCAACGGAUGGUCUCGAUUUCAUCAAUCUAGUCCUCUUUGAGAUCAAAGACGUUGUCAAGGAGCGAGAUGCCGUUGUUGUGCUUUGUUCGGGUGAAAUCAAGAGCUCUGGAUCUAUUGUUGUGUUCGGUAAAGCAGAGUUAGUGGAACAGAUGGCUACGAAGAUCAAGGAGGUUGUGAGCACAGCGAAAGGAGGUGGCAAGGGUGAGAAGUGGCAGGGCAAGGUCACCGAGUGGCGAAAAGGUGAAGUUGAAGCGUUGAAAGAAGCUGUUGAUAUGCAGUAG